AUGACUCGUAAGUUUACAAAACAGUCCGAGAAAUUGCUGCUAUUUCGCAUCCGCUACGCGGCUCUCGAUUCCAUCCUCCCUCGCCCCUCUCUCCCUCUCUCUAUAGAAAUUUCAAUACAAUUUGCCGACGACGAUGAAUAGUUGAAGGGAGAGGAGAGAGAUCGCAGCGAUGAACGCCGGCAGCGCGGCGAAGCUCAUCGUGGAGGCGCUGCUCCAGCGCUUCCUCCCGCUCGCCCGCCGUCGAAUCGAGACCGCCCAGGCCCAGGAUGGCCAAUAUCUUCGACCGUCAGAUCCUGCUUAUGAGCAAGUAUUGGAUUCAUUGGCUAUGGUUGCUCGACAUACACCUGUGCCACUUCUGGAAGCUCUUCUUAGGUGGAGAGAAAGUGAAUCCCCAAAAGGUGCAAAUGAUGCUUCUACAUAUCAGAAAAAGCUUUCAGUCGAAUGCAUAUUCUGCUCUGCUUGCAUUCGCUUUGUAGAGUGUUGUCCCCAGGAGGGUAUCACAGAAAAGCUGUGGUCUGGUCUAGAAAAUUUUGUCUUCGACUGGCUAAUUAAUGCAGACAGGGUUGUUAGCCAGGUUGAAUAUCCUUCAUUAGUAGACCUGCGAGGACUUCUAUUAGACCUUGUCGCACAAUUAUUAGGUGCUUUGUCAAGGAUCAGGUUUAGUUCUGUGACAGAACGUUUUUUCAUGGAGCUGAACACACGGCGUGUUGAUACUAGUGUUGCAAGAAGCGAGACACUGAGCAUAAUUAAUGGAAUGCGCUACCUUAAAUUAGGGGUUAAGACAGAAGGUGGAUUGAAUGCAUCAGCAUCCUUUGUAUUGAAAGCAAACCCUCUUAAUCGUGCUGCCCAUAGGAAAAAGAGUGAACUUCAUCAUGCCCUAUGCAAUAUGCUUUCAAGCAUACUGGCACCGCUUGCAGAGGGUGGAAAAAGCAAUUGGCCUCCUUUGGGUGUAGAUCCUGCAUUGACUCUGUGGUAUGAAGCUGUUGGCCGAAUUAGAGGACAGCUGAUGCAUUGGAUGGACAAACAGAGCAAACAUCUAACGGUUGGCUUUCCAUUGGUGACCCUUCUUCUUUGUCUUGGGGAUCCACAAACUUUCAACACUAAUUUUGGUCCCCAUAUGGAGCAUUUGUAUAAGCAGCUAAGAGAUAAAAGUCAUCGCUCCAUGGCAUUAGACUGUCUGCAUCGGGUUGUAAAGUUCUAUUUAAGUAUUUAUGCAGAUUAUCAACCUAGAAAUCGUGUGUGGGACUAUUUAGAUAGCGUAACUUCUCAGUUACUGACUGUUCUUAAGAAAGGCUUGCUAACACAAGAUAUUCAGCAUGAUAAGCUUGUUGAGUUUUGUGUUACUAUAGCUGAAAGCAACCUGGAUUUCUCCAUGAAUCACAUGAUACUGGAGCUUCUGAAACCGGAUAGUUCAAGUGAAGCCAAAGUUAUCGGUCUAAGGGCUUUGCUUGCCAUCGCCAUGUCUUCCUCAAACAAGCGUCCUGGUUUGGAGAUUUUUAAUGAUCAUGAUAUUGGCCACUAUAUUCCAAAAGUGAGAUCUGCAAUUGAGUCAAUCCUGAGGUCUUGCAAUAGAGCUUACAGCCUAGCUCUUCUUACUUCAUCCAAGGCUACAAUAGAUACUGUAGCCAAGGAGAAAUCUCAAGGGUCCCUUUUUAGGUCAGUGCUGAAGUGCAUACCUUAUUUAAUAGAAGAAGUCGGUCGAAGUGAUAAAAUAACUGAAAUCAUUCCUCAGCAUGGCAUAAGCAUUGAUCCUGGUGUGCGUGAAGAAGCAGUGCAGGUGAUGAACCGGAUUGUACGCUAUCUUCCUCAUCGUCGGUAUGCUGUAAUGAAGGGAAUGGCUAAUUUUAUACUGAAACUUCCUGAUGAAUUUCCUCUUCUCAUUCAAACAUCACUGGGCCGCUUAGUGGAACUUAUGCGUUUGUGGAGGGCUUGCUUAGCUGAAGAAAUGUUAGUGAAUGAUUCCCAAAAUAUGAAACAACUAAGCUUGGGUCGUGAUAUGUCCCUCAAGUCACCUUUUCCUCAAUCAGGAGAUCCAUCUGAGUUCCGUUCUUCUGAAAUGGAUUCACUUGGUCUUAUUUUUCUCAGUUCUGUGGAUGUUCAGAUACGGCAUACUGCUUUGGAGUUGCUGCGUUGUGUUCGAUUUCUGAGAAAUGAUUUAAGAGAUCUCUCAGUGAAUGACCGGUUUGAUAAUAGAUUGAAGUAUGAAAUAGAACCCAUAUUGAUCAUUGAUGUGUUGGAAGAAAAUGGGGAUGACAUCGUUCAGAGCUGCUACUGGGACUCUGGACGACCUUAUGAUUUAAGGAGGGAGUUUGAUCCUGUUCCUCCUGAUGUGACAUUAUUAUCUAUUCUUGAAAGCCCAGAUAAGAACCGAUGGGCUAAAUGCCUGAGUGAGCUAGUCAAAUAUGCUGGUGAACUUUGCCCAAAUUCUGUGCGUGAAUCAAGGCUGGAGGUUGUGCAGAGACUAGCUCAUAUUACUCCCACAGAAUUAGGUGGCAAGGCUCAUCAAUCACAAGAUGCAGAAAGCAAACUGGAUCAGUGGCUAAUGUAUGCCUUGUUUGCAUGCUCCUGUCCACCUGACAGUAGAGAAGAAGGGGGCAUCACAACAGCUAGAGAGCUUUUUCACCUCAUUUUUCCAUCACUAAGGCAUGGAUCAGAGACACAUGCUCAUGCAGCGACUACUGCUCUUGGUCGUUCACAUCUCGAAUUAUGUGAGAUUAUGUUUGGUGAGCUUUCGUCUUUUGUUGAAGAGGUGUCAACAGAGUCAGAGGGAAAGCCAAAAUGGAAGCAGAAUCAGAAGUUCCGUCGGGAAGAAAUUCGUGGCCACAUUGCAAAUAUACACCGUACUGUGGCUGAAAAUAUUUGGCCAGGGAUGCUAGGCCGUAAACCUGUGUUUCGUUUACAUUUUCUUAAAUUCAUUGAUGAAACAUGCCGGAUGCUUUCAUUUUCACCUUCUGAUAGCUUCCAAGACUUGCAGCCUCUUCGUUAUGCAUUAGCUUCUGUUAUAAGAUACCUUGCUCCUGAAUUUGUGGACUCAAAGUCAGAAAAGUUUGAUACACGGGCUCGAAGGAGACUUUUUGAUCUCCUUAUUACCUGGUGUGAUGAAUCGGGAAGCACAUGGGGACAAGAAAGCAGCAGUGACUACCGCAGGGAAGUUGAACGUUACAAGUCAGGUCAACAUAAUAGGUCAAGGGAAUCUAUAGAUAGAAUCAUGUUUGAUAAAGAGGUACUUGAACAAGUGGAGGCAAUCCAAUGGGCAUCAAUGAAUGCUAUUGCCUCUCUUUUACAUGGACCUUGUUUUGAUGAUAAUGCAAGGAAGAUGUCUGGACGGGUAAUAAACUGGAUUAACAGUUUGUUUAAGGAUUCAGCUCCCAGAGCACCAUUCGGCUGUUCACCAGCUGAUCCUAGAGCACCACCUUAUCCCAAGUACACAGAUGGUAGCCGUGUAGCUGGUGGACGUGACAAACACAAAGGCGGGCACCUACGAAUUCCAUUAGCUAAAACAGCUUUAAGAAAUCUUCUUCAGACAAAUCUGGACUUAUUUCCAGCUUGCAUUGACCAGUGCUACUCUCCAGAUUCGUCCAUUUCAGACGGUUACUUUAGUGUACUGGCCGAAGUCUAUAUGCGCCAGGAAAUUCCCAAAUGUGAGGUCCAGAGUAUAUUAAGCUUGAUCCUCUACAAGGUGGUUGAUCCAUCUAGACAUAUCCGUGAUAAUGCCCUCCAAAUGUUGGAAACUCUCUCUGUUCGUGAGUGGGCUUUGGAUGACACUGAGAGCAGUGGCCAUUACCGAGCUUCUGUUGUUGGCAACCUCCCCGACUCCUACCAACAGUUUCAAUACAAGCUCUCCUCCAAGCUCGCAAAAGACCAUCCUGAGCUUAGUGAGCGCCUGUGUGAAGAACUCCUGCAACGGCAACUAGAUGCAGUGGAUAUAAUUGCACAGCAUCAGGUUCUGACUUGUAUGGCCCCAUGGAUUGAGAACCUCAACUUUCAGAAAUUAUGGGAUUCUGGCUGGAGCCAGAGGCUACUGAAAAGUCUUUACUAUGUAACAAUGAAACAUGGAGAUCAGUUUCCCGAUGAGAUUGAAAAGCUUUGGAGUACUGUGGCUAGCAAUACCCGCAACAUUAUUCCAGUUCUCAACUUUUUAAUCACCCAAGGUAUUGAAGAUUGUGAUUCUAACACAUCAGCAGAAAUAAGCGGAGCUUUCGCCACAUACUUUCCGGUUGCCAAACGAGUGAGUUUAUAUCUUGCACGUAUCUGCCCUCAGCAAACCAUUGAUCAUUUGGUUUGUGAGUUAUCUCAGAGAAUGCUAGAGGACACUGAUGAACCAGUUAGGCCAAGUAAGGGGGACGCAACAGCAAACUGUGUUUUGGAGUUUUCUCAAGGGCCAACUGCAGCUCAAAUUGCAACAGUUGUAGAUAACCAACCUCAUAUGUCACCUUUGCUUGUUCGUGGAUCCCUUGAUGGCCCACUUAGGAAUGCGAGCGGAAAUUUAAGCUGGCGAACUUCAGCUGUAUCAGGCCGAAGCAUCUCUGGCCCAUUGAGCCCUCUGCCCCCAGAAGUUAACAUAGUCACUACUACCGGACGGUCAGGUCAGCUGCUUCCUGCACUUAUAAACAUGUCUGGGCCAUUGAUGGGAGUCAGGAGUUCCACUGGUCAUUUAAGGAGCCGUCAUGUAUCUCGGGAUAGUGGAGAUCUCUUUAUCGAUACCCCCAACUCAGGUGAGGAUCUCUUGCAUCCUUCUGGUAGUGGGAUACAUGGCAUAAACGCCAAUGAACUUCAAUCUGCUUUACAAGGGCAUAAUCAACAUCAGCUCUCCAGUGCUGACAUAGCAUUGAUUCUACUUGCUGAGAUUGCCUAUGAGAAUGAUGAGGAUUUCCGCGAGAACCUUCCCUUGCUCUUUCACGUCACGUGUGUUUCCAUGGAUAGCUCAGAGGACAUUGUGCUGGAACACUGCCAGCAUCUUCUUGUUAAUCUUCUAUAUUCACUUGCUGGUCGGCAUUUAGAACUGUAUGGAGUGGAGAACAGUGAGGGAGAAAACAAACAGCAAGUAGUAAGUUUAAUCAAGUACAUCCAGUCCAAGCGUGGGAGCUUGAUGUGGGAGAAUGAGGAUCCAACUCUUGUGAAGCCAGACCUCCCUAGUGCCGCUUUGCUCUCUGCUCUUGUACUCAGCAUGGUUGAUGCCAUAUUUUUCCAAGGGGACCUCCGUGAAACUUGGGGAGCAGAAGCACUCAAGUGGGCAAUGGAAUGCACAUCGAGGCAUCUUGCUUGCCGCUCCCAUCAGAUUUAUCGUGCACUGAAGCCCAGUGUGAAGAGCGAUAGUUGUGUGCUGCUUCUUCGUUGUCUCCAUAGGUGUUUGGGGAAUCCAGUUCCGGCUGUUCUAGGCUUCGCUAUGGAGAUUCUUAUGACUCUUCAAGUGAUGGUAGAAAAUAUGGAGCCAGAGAAGGUGAUCCUUUAUCCGCAGCUUUUCUGGGGAUGUGUUGCCAUGAUGCACACAGAUUUUGUGCACAUAUACUGUCAAGUACUCGAGCUCUUCUCCAGAGUAAUUGAUCGCUUAUCAUUUCGUGAUCGUACCACUGAAAAUGUUCUACUCUCAAGCAUGCCUAGAGACGAGCUUGACAAUAACAGCUAUGAUGCAGCAGAGCUCAACAGGCAAGAAUCAAGAACAGGGGGAGAGCCAUUACCAUCAGAGAGAGGAAAAGUGCCAGCAUUCGAGGGUGUUCAGCCUCUUGUACUAAAAGGCCUAAUGUCAGCAGUUAGCCAAGUAACCGCCAUAGAAGUCCUCUCUCGUAUAACAAUCCCCUCAUGUGAUUCUAUAUUUGGAAGUCCUGACACAAGGCUAUUGAUGCAUAUCACUGGCCUACUCCCCUGGCUCGGGCUACAGCUCAGCAGAGACCUGAGCCCUGUACAGCAGCAAUAUCAAAAAGCAUGCUCGGUCGCAUCCAACAUCUCAUUCUGGUGUCGGGCAAAAUCUCUGGACGAUCUCGCCCAAGUUUUCCUCUCCUAUUCACGAGGUGAGAUCACAUCCACUGAAGAUCUCUUCACACUCGCAUCCCCGCUAAUUUGUGCCGAGUGGUUCCCAAAACACUCAUCCUUAGCGUUCAGUCACUUGCUGAGGCUCCUCGAGAGAGGGCCAGUUUACUACCAGCGAGUUAUCCUUUUAAUGCUGAAAGCGCUUCUUCAACAAACCCCGGUUGAUGUAGCUCAAAGCCCACAGGUAUAUGCAAUUGUGUCUCAGCUAGUUGAAAGCACAUUGUGCUGGGAGGCAUUGAGUGUGCUUGAAGCUCUGCUACAGAGCUGCAGCAGCUCGACAGGAGGCCAUAUGGAUGAGUUUGGGUUUGGCGAGAAUGGAUUUGGGAUGGAGAGAGCUCUUCAAGGGAUGAUGCUUGCAUCUCAAAACUCAUUUAAGGCUCGAAGUGGGCCUUUGCAGUAUAUGACUGGCUCGGCUUUCGGGGUUGGUGUUGGAGGUCAAGCGGGUCCUGGGGUGAACGAGAGUGGGUUGUCGGAGAGAGAGGUGGCGCUUCAGAACACGAGGUUGAUGUUGGGGCGAGUUCUUGAUACUUGUGCUCUCGGAAGGAAGAGGGAUUAUAAGCGUCUCGUUCCUUUUGUUGCCAAUAUAGGGAAUGAAUGAAAUUGUGCAGGAAUAAGCGUUUGAUUUUUUUUUUUUUUUUAGGAACAGUGAUUAUGCUCUGGUUUUUGUCUCUACUUGUAUUUAUAUUAGUCGAGUUGAUUUGCAGAAGCUGAAAUUUUUGCUUCUCUUUUUUCACUCAUUUGGAGGUGUUUAGGUUGGUUCUGUAAUUAUAGGGUUCUCUAAAGUGUUUAGUUUGUUGCCGAUGUAGAGGAUGAAUGAAUAUGAUGCGCUUGUGAUGGGAUUUCUUAAGCAUCAGCGUUGUCAUAAUGUUAUUGCCAUCGUUACAAGAUUAUUGGUCGAUGCUCAAGUUUGGAGUAA